AACACAUCCCACGUACGUUUGUUUGACGCCUGCCACGAGGCCUGCCACAGAAACGGAUCCGCACCAUGACCGCACUCCCUGCAUUCCUAAGUCCCGUUUCUCCAGAUCCGACCAUACAAGAGUUGUGCUUGGACGCGGAAUUCCCUCAUCCUAAGCUUGGAGCAUCUGCGCAUGCUUAUGGUAACCCAGGGCUCGUGGAAUUCUACACGCCCUUUCUAACCGCCAUCCACGACAAAUGUGCGCGAAAAAUAUCCAUAUUGGCUCAUGGCCACCUCGGUAUUUGGCCAACCGUGCCCCGCGGAGGCAGGUAUAGAGAUCCGUCCAGUAUAAGCCUAACGGCUCAGGUUGAAACCCUACACGAUGCCUAUCCGCAGGCUAAGCUCGUCAUAACGGCGCAUAGCAUGGGGUGCUGGGUCGGCCUACAGGUACUGCGGGCCAAGCCAGAUCUAGUUUCCUCGCUCUUCCUCCUCUUCCCAACCCUCUCGCACAUCAAUCAAACCCCUAAUGGACGGUCGCUGUCCUGGCUCUUUCAGGCCCCUCUUCCUCGCUUGAUUUCCUGCGUGUCUAUUCUGGCUUGGCUGCUGCCUCUGGCUGCUUUGCGACUUCUUUUUCCCGAAUGGCCGCUUCCGCAAAUCCUCGUUUUGCGCAAGUUUUUACACUCACCAAGCGCUAUAUAUGCCUCCUUGAGUCUAGCCGACCAGGAGAUGAAAACCAUACGAGACCUCGAUAUCGCGCUUCUUCAGACGUACUCUCAUCGGUUACACAUGUACUUCGCAGACGAGGACGACUGGGUAGGCGAGCAGAAGGGACCAGUGUUGCGCGCUUUCAACGCCGAUCCCGGAUCUGUCAAGAUAGUCCACGGACAUCCGGAUAUUCCACACGCAUUCUGCAUCAAUCAUGGCGAAGAACUGGCGAGGCAAUGCUUUGAGUGGCUCCAGACUGGCGGGCUGCUAUGAAGGAUUAAAGAUCGUCUAUACACGCCCGACGAGACAUUUUCCCGGGAUUCUGAACCCCAUUAUAUACUUCAUAAGGCUGAUCUUGAGUACGUGACACUUCUGACUAAAAAAGAACUAUGGUGUACAGGGUGAUUCCGAGGUCCCUCCAGACUACACCACAGUCAAGGGGGUGCUUGAAGAUCCCACGGGAGAUAUGCUCAGGUUGCGUACUUUGAACGCCGGUAGGCCCAAUUACUUGUCACAUACAAUCAUCAGCACGAC